AUGGAUGCUGACAGCAAAAUGGAGUUAAGUUUGUUCAUUCUCUUUCUCAGAAUCUCUGACCCCGAUGCUCAUUGUGUUUGUAUUGUUCUUCCUGCAGACAGCGAAAAUUGCAUGAAAUGUCCUGAUGAAGCAUUCCCAAAUGAGAAGAAGGAUCGUUGUGUUCCAAAAUUGGUGGAAUUUCUCUCCUACACUGAUGAUCCCAUUGUUGGAGUAUUCUCAGCUGUCUCCAUCCUCUGUUGUCUUCUGACUGGUUUAAUAUUGGGGAUAUUUAUACAUUACCAGGACACCCCCAUUGUUAAAGCCAACAACCGGGACCUGAGCUAUCUUCUCCUGGUCUCCAUCAUGCUUAGCUUCCUCUGUGUCAUCUUGUUCCUCGGCCAUCCAGUAGAUGUGACCUGCAUGCUGCGUGUCACCUCUUUUGGUGUCAUCUUCUCAGUUGCCGUCUCUUCUCUACUUGCCAAAAGUAUCAUGGUGUGUAUUGCUUUUAAAGCCACCAAACCUGGGAGUUCCUGGAGGAAAUGGAUGGGAGCCAAACUGCCCAAUUCUAUUAUUUGUGUCUUCUCACUGGUCCAAGUCAUAAUCUGUGUCACUUGGUUGUCUAUUUCUCCUCCCUUCCAGGAUCAGGACACUCACUCUUAUCAGGGGAAGAUCAUCAUUCAGUGUAAUGAGGGUUCAGUUAUUGGCUUCUACUCUGUCCUGGGAUAUAUGGGGCUUCUGGCAGCUGUGAGUUUCAUUAUCGCUUUUUUAGCCAGGACAUUACCGGACAGUUUUAAUGAGGCCAAGUACAUCACCUUCAGCAUGCUGGUGUUCUGCAGUGUCUGGAUUGCCAUGAUCCCGGCCUAUCUGAGCACCAGAGGGAAAUACAUGGUGGCUGUGGAGGUUUUUGCUAUAAUGGCCUCAAGUUCUGGACUUCUUGGCUGUAUAUUUUUUCCCAAAAGUUACAUAAUUCUGGUUAGACCUGACCUGAAUACAAAAACAGUUAUCCACUAA